AAUAUAUUUUCAUCUUUUCUUUUCAUUGUUUCCAUCCAUUUUCCAACAAUUAUUCAUUUGGUUACCGCACACGCGUAUACCUUGGCGUGACAGAAUUUUUUUGACGUUUCUGUUGUACACAGCGGAAUGGGAGAGAGGGAGGGAGAGAGCACCGAAACGUCGCUCCUAAAAAUAACAUCGAACGAACGAAAAGCGAUUUUUUUUUUCUUCUCAAAGUGUCGUUUCAACAGUUGAUUUUCAGCAAUAAAUGGCUCUGAAUCGUGUUAUAAUUCUUAGUACGAACCCAAAUGUUUCGUGACAUAAAGAAAUCGUUUUAUAAAUAAUGAAUAUUCGCAAGUACAUUUCAGCAUCUCGCUUCGCAAUGAAAAUCCGUGUUUUUUUUUGCAUCUCCGUCUAACGAACCCGCGGAGAAGCGAGUGAGCGAGCCGACAGUCUCGUAGGUAGCAACAACGCACGGCGGACGCGCGCACUCGGGCACACGCUCGUUCUUCGUCAUAACAUCCAUACAUUUAUAUACAUAUAUAUAUAUCUAUGUUACAUCCAUCCAUGGCUAUAUACAUGUAUCUAUCAAAAUACGCACAUACAUGGACGGAAAAAAGCAACGGGGCCGCGUAAUACACGCGUGUAAACGUCACUUCUUCGCACACAUAUAAGCGCGGGAGCGUCAUUUACGAGGGAAGUCGGAGUGUUUGCCUCGCGUUCGUGUGUCGUGUGUGUUGCGCGCGGGUAAAUUAGAAAGAAAAAAAAAAAAGAAAAAAACGUGGGACGUUGAUCGCGCGCAGUGUUCGUGUGACUAGACACUCGUACGAGCGCGCCUAUUUUCUGACACUCUAACCAAAACACUAAACAAACCGUUCCGCGGAGAAACGCGAAAGAAGCGACCGUCCCACGAAAAAACAGGAGAACUAAAAAGUUUGUAAUUCGUGCAAAGUAAUUAAGAGAGGGGCGUGUGGGCGUCUCGAGUUCCGCAACAAUUUCACAAAAACAAAGCUACGUUGUCUCGAAUCUCGUUAAAGUGGAGCCUGAGAUACGAGGAACCGCGCACGAGUUGCUAAACCGCGAGUGUCGUAAACACGAGUCCCCCGUAGUGAAAAAAAGACGUCAAUUUCAAAAAAAGCAUUUGCCGUUUUAAUUGAAUCCGUUAAUUAAUGUUAUCACGGUUAUGAAAAGUUUCGAAAAAAAGAAAAAAAAAAAAAUAAAUGAUAAAAAUGAGAAGAAACGGAGACGUAGCGAAUAAUAUAAAUAAAAAGCAACGAGAGUUAGGCGAGACUUACGGAGCUGCUUCUUUUUUCACGGGCUCGUAUCGGCGAGCUGGGAAUCGCGAUAGAUUCGCGCGCUCAACUGACGCGAGUCGUAGGUGGGAAAAAAAAAAUACGUCAUAUCUUUCGUGCCUGGUUUGAAAGACGAAACACGGGAGUGCACGUACGAGAGAGCGUAUGCGUGUGUGUCCGCGUGUGUAAAUGUGUCUGUAUUGCGUGCUCGCGGACUAGGAUUCAUUGACCCCGGGACGCGAGUUCUCUCUAUAUCGAACAACAAUGGCAGGAUUAUAGUAUAGAGUUAUAGAGAAACGAUCGCGAGCUGGUGGUACAAAGCGUGAAACGUGGAAGAAAAUAAAAAGGAGAAAGAGCGAGAGAGAGAGAGGGGGAAUAUCACGGUGCAAUCGUGUCCAAUGGUUCGUGCGACUGCUUCGAAAUUCUUUAUUUAUCUUUGUUAUUUUUCAAAGUAAAACUGCAAGAGCGGGGGGAAGGUAAAGCGUGCCAAGCGGGAGGACGAAGUGACGUUUCGUCCACGAGUUCUUUCAUCGAUGUGUAUUGUACCUCGAGCGUCAACAGCGCGUCCGACGCUUUUAGUGUCAUCCUAAACGUGUUUCUUUUCCACAUUAUUGUUAUUGUCAGCGUUGAAGGAUAUAUCGGUGGACGAAGCGCUCGGCUCGUCAGAAACGUGAGAAAUACAGGCUGCUACGCGGAAAGAGGAGGAAGAUAAUAAUAAAUACUAAAUCGAAAAACUACUCGAAAUCUUCGAAGCGCGAAGAAGACUUCCCGUGUCUCGCUCCGCUCAGAGAUUGCGGAAGGGGAAAAAGUUAACGUCAGGUGCUUUUUAUUUUUCGUAUCGAAAAAUAAGAACGGUUAUCUCUCACCUUUUAAACACGUCGUGAAAUUCGUUCGUUCGGUGGUCUUCGGGCUUCGAUUAUUAUGUUUAUAAGAUAUACCGAGUCUUUCACUCCCGUUGAUUAUCACAUAUGCACUUACAUAUUAUUUAUUUACAUUCACAUGUAUCUGUGCGCCAAAAUAUACGAACGUGCGAGUAACUCGUUUUUUUUUCCAUCCAAUUCUCAGGCUAUCAUCAUCGUUUAGAGAUAAUAUAUAUACACACACACACACACACACAUAUAUAUAUAUAAAUAUAGAUGUUAUAUUUAUAUUUACAAAGACGUAACACUCAACGGAAAAACCAAGUCACGGUGGACACGUGCGUGUAGAGUGAGAGCAGGCGAGAAUAAGUAAAAAAUAAAUAAAAUAAAAAAAUAUAUGAGAGAUAUAUUGACGAAGGACGAAAAAAGGCGCGAGCGCGUCGAGAAAACCUCGGUUGAGGUUGUACAAAAACGACGAUAUAAAAGUGAGUUGUGCGCGGGGCGAUAAGCGAGAUAGAAACAAACGGAAAUUCAUAUACUAAGAAUAUAAAUAUUGAGAAAAAAGGGAUCGAGAAAAAGAGGGAGGGAGUACGAAAAAGAAAUAAUAAGAUUGAAGCAUCGAACGAGUGUGAUUGCAUCGGGAGUGAUCGAGCAGAGCGCGAGAGGGAACAAAGAAACGCCGGAGAAGCGAACGAGUUGUGUUACGAAUAUAUAGAGAGCGCCGCUGCACCGGGACGUUUGGAUUCGAGGAGCAGAGAGAGAGAGAGAGAGAGAGAGAGCGAUAGACAGAUAGACAGAUUGACGGAGGAGCGAGCGGCAGCAAAAGCGGAGAGCGGACCUUGGUGACCGUGCAAUCGGCGCGAGAAGUUUGCUGUCAACCGAGCAACGAGCCAAAGACAGAGUUUCUCCGAGAGACACCGAAGCAAGAGGGAAAAAGCACACGUACCGAUAAAAAAAGAGCGAAGAGUCGCGCACGCUUGGACUCUGUUUGAACUUGUACAUAUAUAGGAGGGAACGAGCAAGAGAGAGAGAGUGAGAGAGGUGCAGAGGGAGGACCUCUUGCAAGUUUUUCUUUCUCGCGUGUAGAGCGCGCGCGGCGUUAACGGUUCGUUGCCUCGUUACGAGGAGGGCGCUACGUUGGCUCGUAUCGAAACAACGCGAAUUCGUGAAAAAUCCAAUUCCCGUUAAAAAUCAUUUAAUAGUAAUAACAAUAGUUAUAAUAAUAACAAAUUUAAUAUAACAACGGAAAAGAAAAAUCAAUCUCCGAACGCGUCUAUCGAACCGAGCGAAGAGAACACGAAAGAAAGGAAAGAAAAAGCGAAUAAAACGACGUUAUCGUAAAUGAUACGUAAGAGGUCUGCGAUCUAUGCUUGAAAAAAACAAGCGUUCGACGCACCGAGUCACGUGACGGUAAAAGGUGGAUUCGCAAUUGUGCCGCGGUCGUGUGCGUGCGUGUGCGUGCUCUCCCGCGUGUGUACGCGCUAGGAGUGGGACGAGUUUUCCCGGAGGUUCACUAGUGCGCGCGCGCGCGCGCGCGUGUGCGUGUGCGUGUGUGUGUGUGUGUAUGUGUGUGUGUGUGUGUGUGUACGCGUGAUAUAUAGAAACGUGAAAAAUAACGCCGAAAAUUGGAAAUAUGAGCAUUGCUGCCCUACUGCAGGCCGCCGAGUAUAUUGAACGAAGGGAACGAGAAGCUGAACAUGGCUACGCUUCGACAAUGCCGAUACCCGACGACCUGCGGGCGGUCACCAAAAGGCCAAAGACGAAAAAAUCUCAGGGCAGCAGGACGACUCAUAACGAGUUGGAGAAAAAUAGGAGAGCACACCUCAGAAAUUGCCUCGAAAAGCUGAAAGUGCUGGUACCACUCGGCCCGGAAACUUCGAGGCAUACGACGCUCGGUCUUUUGACCAAAGCCAAACGAUUUAUCAAGAGUUUGGAGGAGCGAGAGCGAAAACAAGCGGUGCACAAGGAACAGCUGUCGCGCGAGCACAGGUUCCUGAAGCGUCGGCUGGAGCAGCUAACGACCCAGACGGGUUUACAUCAUGGAUUGCACGCGGGCUUGCAUGGUCUGAGCUCGAGCGCACCGACCGGCUCAUCUUGCGGAUCAGCCGCCGCCGCCGCUGCUGCUGCUGCUGCUGCUGCUGCUGCAACCGCUCUUUUAUCCAAGAGACGAAGUGUCUCUGAGUGCUCUGUAGCAACGGCAUUCUCCACGAGCUCUACCGCCAGCUCCAGAAACUCCGAUAGAUCUAACCAUGGCAGUCCGUGCGUCUCGGAAUCUGAUGAAGUGGACGUGAUCGGUUAUACGAGCAACCAAUCGGACACCGAUGACCAUAGCAGUGUCCAGAGUAGCAGUGACAGCGGGGUGGCAAUGUCAACCUCGAGAUUGACCCUCUCCGAAAUGAUGGACAAUCUCUAGAUGAAGAGGCAUUACGUGGGUGGCGAAAAAUGGCAGACAAACAGUUGAAGAUUAAGGACACGCGGAGAUGGACGGCGAGGAAGAAGAUAAAGAAGAUGAUGAAAAAAACGAAGUUGCUGAAGUUGACGAUGAUUAUGAAGAUGAUGAAAAAAUAGUCGAAUGGAUGAAGUAUAAAGGAAUAAAACGACGUGUAGUUUGAUAACAAGAAAAUUGUUCGUCGAGACAGCAAUAGAUCGUGAAUAUCGUAGAGCUCAGCAGUAAAAUCAGAUGAAGCACGUUGACGACGUUCAAUUUAUUGUCUCGCGAAAAAACAAAAUCGUCCGAAGUUGUAACGAAGAAAUCUGAGAUUUCCCCUUGUAACGAAACGAGUUUACCAUUUUCAUGUUGAUACACCCGUUUUAAACUACGAGGAAAUCGACAGAGGAUCGAGAUAGGAAGAGAGUGAAAUACAAGAACAGUAAAAACGUGAUAAUAAUUGGCAAAAAAGACGAUCGACCACGCAUAAAAUCAGAUAAAAAGAUACGAAAAAUGAGAAAAACAACUGUGUUGCGUAGAGAUGACUGAGGAAAGAGAGACAGAGAAAGAGCGCUUGAAGGAUAAUACGAUGAGAGACCUCUGUUAUCUGUAAAUUAUUGAGUGUCGAUGUAAAAGUAUUGUACAUAUUUUUAACGAGGCGUCAAAUCGAGAUCUGUUUUCGUAUGAGAUCGAGCGAAAAAGAGAGGAGAGAGAGAGAGAAAAUUGUAAACGUUAUUGUGCAUGUUGAACGAUCGAGAAACGAGGGUCAAAUUCACAUUUAUUGUGGGAUUUAUUGACUUCGAGUAAAACACAGUUACACACAGACACCCACACGCAUGUCCGCACGUACGCAUACACGUCCAUGGAUGUACAGAAACACACGCACAUACAUCUACUGAGAGAAACACCGAGUCAACGUCAGAUUAGAUGGGAAUCACUGAAGGAUUUACGAAAAUCAUGUUUAAUUGAAAAAUACGUUCAAGGAGGGGAUCAUUUUAGAAUUUCGCGUGACAUAAAGCACUGGAAAAAAAUAUAGCAGUUGUUUGGUUUGGAGAGAAAAGAAAAAUAACGAUAAAUGGACAGAGAGGUAGACAGAGAGAGAGAGAGAGAGAGCGAAUAGAUCAAUAGAAUAGAGGGGGGUACGGGAAUAGAAAAAUUUAAAGGAUGAUUCAGAGAAUAUUGAAUUUACCGAACCACGUGACCGAAGACGAAAACAGUAUAAUCAUUGCUAGGUUUGAUUCCCUGUGCCACAGACGUGUCAAUCGGGCCAUUAUAAAAAACCUUUAGGUUUUAAGUUAACGCUGUUAUUAUUUACUUACUUACUUUGUGUGUAUUUUUUCCACUAGUCCGCGUUUUUUUCUCUUUCAUUAACGCGAAACCCUUAUAAGGAGCUCUCAUGAGCCGUUCACUUUCCCCAUUGAUCCCUCUUUCUCUCUCUCUCUCUCUCUCUCUCUAUUUGUUUUUCUGGGUCCUUUUUUAUUACCCAUUUUUAUUCUUAUUUUUUUCCCAUAAUGUACACAGUUGAGAGAAAACUUUUAUUUGCCCCAAAAGCCAGGCGUGUUUGUGUCGUGGCAAAAAAAAUAACUUUCCAACGAGGUUUUUGCGACAAGACAAGGAAAUAUAAUUUUCAAUUCAAAUUUAAAUAACUACAAAAAGUUCACCUGCUGGUUACGCAAUCUUCCAGAAAGCGAUCGAUUUUCGAGAAAAAGAAGAUUGCAUUACUUGAAUUUAUACGCUCUCGAGUAUUUCAAAUUUCAUAAUCCAAAAGCAAACGAACUCGAAGUAAAAUGAAGGUGAUGGAAUCGUAGAAAAUUAUUAGAGACAAAAACUUAAUAAUAUUCAACACGUAGAAUAGACCUCUAUGUACAACAAGGAACGAAGUGCGAAACGUAGCAAAUCACAUUUCACCAAAAAUAAUGAAUCAUAAAGAGCAAAGACGAGUAAAGAAAGUAAGAAGAAGAACAACAACCAAAAAAUACCAUUAAAAAUUAACAUUAAAUGUCGGAUAGAAGAUUCGACUGGUUUUUCAACUAUUCUUGUGCUAUUUUCAUCGAACGGACAAACUUGACAAAUAUGUAUGAACAAACAAUAACGAAAGUUUCUUAUAAAAUAAAAGGCGGAGAGAAGCUGAAUGGGAAACAACUUCCAUUGUCGGUAUUCACAAAUAACCACGGCUGUUGAUUAUGACUAAUUACUUUCACAGUAAGAGUAAAAAACCGUGGUCUGACAAAUCCAAAAAAAACGAGACGUAAAUCCAUUCUUUCCCCAUUCAUUCGCACAUUCGAAAGGACACAAAUGGCAGUAGGCUACUGUUACACUACAAAAAAAAAGAAGUAACGAAUAAUAAAACAAAAGACGAGACAACAUUACACCAAAAGGAAGAAUCCAAAGGCAUUUUUCAGAGCUAUCGAGUAUUAUACGAAAGCAACAAAUACUGUCACAAUAAUCCUCGAGCGGUAGCGAAAGGAUACUCGGGAACACACAUCGUCAUUCACGCAUUCAAAGAGUACAAAUUCUGUAAGCCCCCCCUCAUCGCGCAUCUCCCCAAAGGAAAUAAGAAAAAAAACGAAGAGAGAAAGAGAAGAAAAAAAUGUGAACAAAAGCAUUGAGCAGCAAUAUUUUUCUGCUAUAUAACGCGGUGUUGUUGUAUCCACUUGUAUAGUAUAAUUGGUUGAACAAUGACAUGAACAUUGAAUCCUGGGUGGAGUAACUGUGAGAUAUACAUCGAGCAAUAUCUUACUUUGAACCAAAUAUUUUCCUAGAUUAAUCACACAGAAAUCGACCAAUACUCGAUUAGAUUCUCGAUUUUUGUAUUCCAAUGAACGAGACAUGUUUUUACGAAUUGCAUGACCCAUAAGUGAGACUUUUGACCCAAAAGAAAGUAUAUACUGUAGAAUAAAUUGACGGGAAAUGAUUGUUUCAAAGGACCGAUAUGCCGUCUCCGAAUUCCAUUCGCGGUAUUAAUCGAGCGAGCAUUCAAAAGUUCUUCGUUGUUUGUACAAUCGGAUACCGGGUGCGUAAAAAGUUACUAUCGAAAUCUAAAGGGUAGAAAAAUAUUUGGAGCUCUCGAGAGAAACGUUAUUGCCAAUUUAUCUUUUUUGACGAAUCGUUGACGAGGAUACAUCGAUUGAAAGUAGCACAACUUUUCUCUUGAAAAUCACCUGCUCUUGUCACCCUGUGAAAUCCGAAGUACAGUUCAGAGACACCCUGUCUGUGGCUGCUGAUGGAGUGCAGGGGCUUAUCGAUUUCGGUCAUUUUAUUUUGAAUUUCAUCGAACGUUGCUCCGUUCAACGAAACUUUAGACAAUCUAGUCCGAUAAGCAUCGAGUGGAUCAUUUUGUAGAUUUAUACGAAAAGCUACGGAAACAUUUGCCCGAAAACCACUGGGCCAAAAAAUAGUAAAGAAUGAAGGAGCAACGAAAAUAAUGAUCGUAGUCGACAAAGUACCCGAAAAAGUCCGCUAUGCAAGACGACGAUACAAAAACAAAUAUCUGAUACUACGAUAUGAAGAUAUGAAGAAACAUACACGAGCCUCUGGAAGAAAACUCUCAAUCAGCAAUGAAGAUUUCAAGGUUCAUCAAUUUGAAUAGAUAAAAAAGUAUGACGAGUGAUCUCAAAAAAUAAGCAAAGAAGAAUAAGCUAAACAGUUGAAUGAGAAAGACGAAAAUAAUGUUGGCUCAAGGCGAUUGAGAAUCAUCGAUUCAAUCGAGGAAAAGGGGUGGAAUACGUUAAUCGAUGAUAAUAAAAUGGUAGCUGAGACGACCUCAGUAAAUUAUUUAUUAGACAAAAAACCAACAGCCUCAAUUCGGGGCUGUUGGUUGGGCUGUUUUUAUUUACUGCGCGAUGAGAAAUCUAACCGGAAGUCGUGAUGAAAUAAUGCCAAGGUCACUGGUAGCAUGAACAAUGAAAUUGCCAUUAUGUCCUGCUGUACAAAUGAAUUGCAUUCAGAUUGAUUGUCGCACAAUUGUCGUAGUGAAAUAUUGAACGAACUCACUCACAUCCACCACGCACGUACACACACAAAUUAUUCCUACUUAAAAAUACCGUAGAUUUUUUGGUCCCUCGACAAAAUUUUUAUUAUCGAGUCAAACGAAAUCUAUUUGCACAUGUGAAAGAACUCUAUGAGCGUAAAAGUGCACAAUUUUUCCUGAGUCACACUCGUGCAUUUUCACUUCCAGUUGGGCUCAUCGACAGAAACUCCCAAAAAAAUAAAGCACCAGCCAGAGUUUUCAGGUUCCAUCACAACAAGAUAAAACGAAAAGAUCUACGAGCAGCACAGAUACAAAAAUUAAAUUCAAAAGCAUCAAUUAAUUUGUCUUCUUCGUCGUUUUGUGAUAUGAAAUUAACAUCAUUUUUCUUUUAUUUUCUUUCAAUGACUUCUGACAAAAUGGUAUACAUGUAAACUCUGCUUAUUAGUGCAUGUAAUUGGACAAGGGGAGUAUGUUCGACCGGUGAUAAUUAAUCUAUUAGAUGGGUCGGUCGUAAAAGUUACUUCGACACGUUUGAAUUGAGGAUCGUUUCAGCCACCAUUAACUGAGAAAAGUUCGACCAGACUUAUAUACGAAGAAGGAGAGAGAAAGAUAGAGAGGGGAGGGGGAAAGGGGGGGGGGGGGGGGCAGAUAAAUGAGAAAACGUCGCGAAGAGAGUUGAUUGGGUUUCGUAGAUAUUGACAUAUCGUGUAUACGUCUCGGACGUCAAGAAGACUAUCCAAUGACCUCGAUGCUCCUCGUAUUCGUGCGGUUCUUUUCCACACACAUACACACACAGACACAUAUACAUACACUUUCAAACAAAGGCACAAAUAUUGACCUGAGGAAACGAAAAGGAGUAAUUAAUUGACAAGAAUAUUGUUGAGAAAAAAAAAACAAAAUUUACCAUAAAAAACGUCAUCGAAUAUUUUAAAUUGCAGCAUUCAACUGAAAAAAUUGGAACGCUGUAUGGACGAGUGAAGACACAUAUUUAAUCGACUUAACUGAUGAAAUAACGUGAGACAAAAACUGGAUUGAUUAGUUAAUGGUAGCUUGAAAUGGGAAAUAACGAAAACGAAUGUGAGUUGGAAGGAAAAUGUUCGACGUCGUUUUUGGGAUUGCUAAAACGACAGUCUUCGUGUAAUUUAAUUGCUUCGAUAAAAUCAAAUUCAAAGCAAUUAGUUCAAUUGGGAAUUCCGGUUGUUAAAUAGUACUUGAAAUUCAAUAGAAUAAAAUUCAAUAAGAACGAUAAGUAGCACGAAUAAAUUCGAUUCAAUCAAUUCCUUUUCUUUCUCUUUCUCUCUCUCGCUCUUUAUGAAUCGAAUCAGUUGCUCUUUCUCUUCAUCUCUUCUUUCACUUUCUCUAUCUCGAAAAAAAAUGUGAUACUAAAAUUACGAACUCUGGUCUGAACUUGAGAUUUCGAGAAAAAAAAAAGAAUCAUGGCGACGAGAACGAACUUUGCUAAUGAAUGAAAUUAUCAGAAAAUCGUAAGAUCAAUUGAUCUCAAAUAAUUAUAUAUGAUUUGGCCAUUGAAUUCGGCGUGGAAAUGAAGAUUAAUGAAAUAGAGAAAAUAAUCGUAAUUUGGUAAAUCCAGGCCAAUUUGUUUGACGAAAAUAUUUCGUUGAAAACGAAACUAAAUUAAUGUAAAUUCGAUGGAGAAUGAAAUAAUUUGAAAAAAUUCUUGAAAUCUAUAUUUCUCGAUGGAAAAAUCAAGACUGGGGAGCAAGUGGAGUUUAUAAAAUUGAAGCGAAAAAUAUUUCAAGUGUGUAGUUGUGUGAGACGAAUGUAUGCGUAUAUGCUGCACGUUAAUGGGUCAUACAAGCAUUGAGAUUUACUUUCGAGGGAAAAGAAAGCUCGUAAUAGAUCACAGCAAUAUAAAUCGAUGCAGUAUUGACACAGAUUUAAACGAAUGUUGAAGAACGAAACCAAUUGAAUGGGAACUAGAGAAGAAAAACAUUGUAUUACUCCAGCCGCUAGAAUAUCAGUAACUAAACCGUGACUGAACAGUUAUAAGACAAAAAAAACGGGCUCGUCGCACGCCGAGCUCGUAAGGGGCUCUCGCGAAGCGAUCGCAGGAGAAUGCAAAAAAGCAAUUUUUUUCUCCACCACCGCGCAGUCCCAAAAUCAAUCUCGAUCGGAUUUUCAAGUCGACAAAAAAAAGUAAGGUACGUGAGAAAAGCGAAAGCCGCCGCUCUUUCGGCCAAGUGACGCUCUGGUCUAACUUUUAAGAAUCCUUUAAUUAAUAUACUUGAUUGAAUAACGGAACGAAAAAUAAAAUUAAAAAAAAAAAAACAAAAAACAAAAAAAAACAAAAAAACAAACAAACAAACAAAAAACCUUUAAAAAGUGAAAAAAAUACUAAGAAAUACAAAAUACGACAUAAUAAUGAAAAGAAAAAAAAAAUGGGUGUUAUUUUUAGAUGUCUAUUAGAUUAUCAAAACCAGAACUAAUGAACAAACAAACAAAAAAGCUUAAAUAUAAAAGAAACGAAGAAACAAAAGAGAAAAAAAAACGAAAUAAAAAAAAAAACAAUACUUAUAUAAAUGACAAAAAAAGGAAAACUACCUAAUAUUACCGUACUUGUACUAAGAAUUUGCAUGAUAGCGGGGAGGAAAAAACAUGAUAUGAAAUUGAAACUUGAAAAAUAAUAAAUCGGAUGAAUAAAAAAAGAUAAAUGAAUAAAUAGUUAGUUGAACGCGAUUUCAAAAGAGAAUAAAUUUUGCACACGGACGCGCGUGCGCCUUUUCAGUGAUGACCGGGACCUACGAGUGUAUUAUUAACAUUAUUAUUAGCAUCAUUAUUUUUUAUUAUUAUUUACACUACCAUAAGUUUCUUAUUAAUAUUACCAAACGUCGCGUAUUGUUUCGCACCGCUGAUCGCUUCUAAAGUGAGAUAAAUAAAAUAACGUGCAACUUGAUUUUAUCAUGGCUAUCAUACGCAGAUCCAAGCGAAUGACCGAUUGAAUGUAUAAAAAGUUGCGAUAUUCUUGGCAUUUUGUGUCCCGGUGUUCACCGAAUCGACGAUGUUAAAAAUAUGAAAAACUAAUAUCACCAACACAAAGAAAAUAAAGAUGAAAAAUAAAAUUUAAACGCGUCCCAAUUGUGUUCGAUCUUAUGUAAAAUGUGUGUCACACGGUCCGAGCGAAAAUUCUCUCUCUCUCAUCGUUCGAGGUGACUUUUUCCCUCCUCGAGCCAUUUCAUGCUGCUUUCAUUGUUUAGAUGAAUACUAUAAAUGAAAAAGAAAAUACAAAACGAAACAAAAAGGGAUUGCGAAUGCGAGAACGAUCAUUUGUACGCGACGAAGACGAAAGAAAAAAAAAUGAUUAAAAAUGAAACAACACUCCCACCGGAUAAUGAGGAAUAAACAAUAAACAUAACGUCAUUUCUUGGUUGAUCCGUACUUGCCUCUGUGUAUCUUCGCGGGGGAGGAGAAAAAAGACUAACUCCCGAAUAUGUAUGUGAAUGCAAUAAUAAAGAUUAUUAUUGUUGUUAUUAUUAUUAUUAUUAUUAUUAUUAUUAUUAUUAUUAUUAUUAUUAUUAUUAUUAUUACUACUACUACUACUACUAUUAUCAUCGUCAUCAUCAUCAGCAGCAGCAUCGUUAUUAUUAUUACUAUUAUUAUUAUUACUAUGACUAUUAUUAUGAUUAUUAUUAAUAUAUAACAUUAUGUAUGCUAUAAGCUUGAAUGUUCGAGCCUUUAUUUCUCUCCCCGAAUCUUACGCACACGCAUACAAACACGCAUGCUUCAGAUAAUGACCGAAAAGAUUUUAUCAACGAGAGAAAACAGAGCCGAGAUGUGGCUCUUGUGAAAGAAGAGACUUCAAGCGAUUUUUUUCUGUAAUAUCGAACAAAGAUGUCAGCGGAUUGUGAAAACGCGACUUACACGUGAGAUGAAAAGUUCAUUUCACUUUUCAUCAUCGUAUACAACAAAUGUUAACGCAAUUCUCGUGGUUCGUUACGAUUCUUCGUGAUUGGAUGUGAAACAGAUGGAUUUGAUAAACGCAAGGAAAAUAAAAUUAUACGUGGUGUAUACUCCUUCAGAGCGAAAGUGCGGUCCUUUUCUCAGUCGUUGUUGAGCCACGUUGCGUCAACGCGAGAUUGAAAAACGAAAAAUAAAGCUUAACAGUAUUCGGUCGCAUGUCUUCAUGAGGAUGUAAAGUGUCAUCUGGGGUUCGAACGAAGGUGACAAAAUUUCGAUGUGUGUUCAUCUUUGUGCGCGUGCGUUGUUUGUCUUGCGUGUGCGUGGGUGCGUUGCUGACCUGACAACCGAAAUCUUCAUAUGCAAAAAUGAAACUGUGCGUAAGAGGAGAAAUGAAAAAAUGAGAAAGGCACACAGGUGAACAAUGACGGAAGAGUCACGAUCUCGCUGAGAUGUCAGAAAAUUGAGAUACACUGAGGUCAAGGUUCGGAGCAGGCACGUAUAUAAUGAUUCUUCAAAAAUAUAUGAAGAGCGAGCGUGUGGAGGUCACGGAGUUGAAAAAAAAAAAAAAAAAAACAUUAAAACACUAAAAGAUUUAAAAAAAUUAAAAAAAUAAAAUUUAACAGAGAAAAACAAAAACAGGAUUAAAUCACGAGGCCUUUGCGAAGGCCCCGAACGAGCAACACUCAGAGCAUUUAAUCAAUGGUAGAAAAUGCUUAGUGGAUAUUUAAACGAUCGAAACUAAAAAAAUUUUUAAAAAUACACAAAAAUCACAAAAAAAUAAGAGGGAAAAAAGUAUAAAAAAAAAAAAAAAAAAUAUACAUCACGUUUUACGUUUGUAACGGUAACGUUGUAAGUACGGUUUAAGAAGAAAAAACAAGAGAAAAAGAGAUAAAAUCAUGAUGAUUAUGACGAAUGUAAUGUUAUUGUGUAAUAAUUGGACUAAAGAUAAAAAGCGAGAGGGAGAGAGAGAGAGAGAAUGAGAGAGAGUGGAAAAACGAGAGCAAGUUUUUGUAUGGAGUACGCCUAAAUUCGCACGUGAAUUUGAGCCGCGAGGUAAACAAAACGGGGAACGUAAAAUGUUGUGAAGAAAAAAAUUUGGUCUGUGAAAAGAAAUUUAAAAGAUCGCCUUCGCUGACAGACUCGAAAUGUUGCACGAUCCCGAGAAAUAAGAUUGUAAACCUGACACGGGAAGAAUUGGAAAAAAUUGAAAAUAUAAAAAAACUAAAUAUAUGUUAUAAAGGGGGUGUAACGUUCUAAACGAUUCGUCGAUAAAUCGCUGUUUAUUGGCUGUUGUCACUGAACACACUUGUAAGGAAAAGGCGUCUGUAUGAAAUAUUAAUAAUUCAUUACGAAGAUUAUGGUUAUUAAUAAUGGAUUAAUUAAAUGAAUAAUUAAUUGAUCAUCAUUAACAAAAUGAGACAGGAAUAAACUGAAACAAACAAAAUCAACCAGUUAUAUUAUUGUACAUAUUAAUUGUAACUAUUCGUCAUGCGAAUUUAUGUUCUCAGAUGAUUUCCUCGAUUCUGCGGAAAAUAAAAUUUGUGUAUUAUGAAA